AUGUCUACAACAUUGACACCCUUCCUAUACCAAACGAGGACCAUCCUCAGGGCCUCCGUGUCGGUUCGGUCCCUGUCGACAACCGCAAGCCGGCUCCAAGCUCACCCCCGAACCCGCGGCGAGCAGAGCAUCCCCUUCGAGUGGGAUGGCCCGGUCGAAGAGCGAGCCGACAUCCCCAGCGGUCCAGACGGCGAGAGAAAGUCCACCAUUACGCCGACCGAGAGACACAUCUUUCGCGGCAUCUUCGACGACAUUGCGAAGCGCGGCGGCCACCCCCCGCCACAAACUCCCCAAGACGCUGUAGACGCCGCCGCCGCCGCCUCCUCUCAAGUCGAACCCGAGUCCGGAUCUCGCGAUGCCAUCCUGCGCAAAUACCCCCUUGCUCUGCGCCGCGCCGCCGAGGUUGCCCUUGGGAUGCGCCAAGUGCAAGGCGACCAAAUAAACUCCUCGCGCAUCUCCUUCAAGCCGGAAGAGGAGCUCGAAGCAGAUUUGGAAGAGGCCGCUAAGCUAGAUGCCGCGCGGAGGGAUGCCCGCGCCCAAGAGGCUGUCCGCCUGCAGGCCCUUCUGGACCAGUGCAACACCGAUGUUGAGGUCUGGACCGUUUUGGAGCGCGACGUCUUCUCCAUGGUCGCAAGGCUGGGUAUCUCCGAGGACAAGCCCGAGCCGGAUCCGGAAAAGAAGGCCAAGUCGGCGCAGAAGAGGUCGUCCAAAAAGACCCAGCCGAGCCACAGCGUGGACGCCCUCAGCAUGGACUCCCACGGCCCGCUGUACUCGAUGCACCUCCUCCAGGGCCUCAAGACCCUCGACCAGUCCUUUGCGCGGUCCUCCCCACUGGCGUUGAACGUCCUCCCGCGCGUAAAGGACCUCGGGCUAGCCUCGUACGUCCUCGGCGUCUCGACGCCAUUCUACAACGAGCUGGCCUCCAUUCUCUGGUACCGCCACGGGGACACGCAGGCUGUGCUGGCCGUGCUGGACGAGAUGCAGUUCGCGGGUCUCUUCUACGACAUGCAGACGCUGCGCCUCGUCGAUGCCAUUGAGCUGGCCCUAGACUCCUUCCGGGGCGGCAAGCUGGGCGUCUUCUCCAAGGCUAUUGGCACCAUGCCGGGCUACAAUCUCGAUGUCAAAUCCAAGGUGGCGCGUUACGCGCGGAGGGUUCGCCAUAGCAUCAGGGAGCAGACGGGCAGUGCGCGAUACUAG